GCACCAUGGGGGCCCCGCUCGGCGUGGCGCUGGGCGCCCUCCACUACCUGGCACUUUUCCUGCAACUCGGCGGCGCCACGCGGCCCGCGGGCCAUGCGCCCUGGGACAACCACGUCUCCGGCCACGCACUGUUCACAGAGACACCCCACGACAUGACGGCACGGACGGGUGAGGACGUGGAGAUGGCCUGCUCCUUCCGUGGCAGCGGCUCCCCAUCCUACUCCCUGGAGAUCCAAUGGUGGUAUAUUCGCAGCCACCGUGACUGGACCGACAAGCAGACAUGGGCCUCCAACCAGCUAAAAGCAUCUCAGCAGGAGGACACAGGGAAGGAUGCCACCAAAAUAAGUGUGGUCAAGGUGGUGGGCAGCAACAUCUCCCACAAGCUGCGGCUGUCGCGGGUGAAGCCCACGGACGAAGGCACCUACGAGUGCCGCGUCAUCGACUUCAGCGACGGCAAGGCCCGGCACCACAAGGUCAAGGCUUACCUGCGGGUGCAGCCCGGGGAGAACUCGGUCCUGCAGCUGCCCGAGGCGCCCCCGGCCGCGCCCGCCCCGCCGCCGCCCCCCAAGCCGGGCAAGGAGCUGCGCAAGCGCUCGCUGGACCAGGAGGCCUGCAGCCUGUAGCCUGGCGCCCCGCGGCCCCUUCUGCGUGCAUGGGGGUCCCCCCCCCACACCCGGCUCGGAGUGGACUGCCCCAGGCUGCCCGCGGCCACCACCACCACCGUCUGGCCCUCUGCCCGCCACCCCCGCUCAGCAUGUAAGCGUCCCCUCCCCUCCUUCACACCCUGCGGUGACCUGGCUCGGAGCAGGUGGCCCUGGGCUCCGAGGUGGGGGUGGGGACGACCACCCUGCGCGCUGGGAUGGGGGUCGUGCCCAGCCUGGGCUGUCUAUACUCCCCCCUUCCCUCCUCCCCCCACUCUGUGACCAGCUUCAGUGAGUCCCGUGUUUGCUUGCUUGGUCCCCCACCUCUCAUCUCCCUCCUUGCUGCCAGCCCCGCUGGGACCUGCGGGUGUGGACUACCAGCCCUCCCUCACUUUGGACUUGAAUCCUAUGAGCCGAACUGUCGCCUGCCCCCCGCCCCUCACCGACCCCUGGUGAGACCUGGAGCGGCGGUCGCCCGGAGCAGGGUCACUCCCAGGGCCUGGAAGACCCGAGGGCCCCACUGCUUAGACCUAAAACCAUGGCCUGGCCCUCCAGGGUGGUGGAUGGGGGUCCCGUCGUCGCAGAGCCCCAAUCAGAGGCUCCCAGGACCCCUGCGGGAGCUUGCACCAGCAGGACCCCUGAGGGUCUGUCUUCAAGGCUCCCCCGAGCCGCCUCUGCCAGCCCCAAAAUGUCCUAGCCCCUGCCCCUCUGGAGCCUGGGAUGUCCACUCAAGGUCCGGAGCGUGGUUGGAAGCGAAGCCCUCCCCUCCCCCCCCCCCCAGCUCCCACCAGUCCCCUCUCAGUUCCCGAUUAGGGGAUGCCCACCCUGGUGUUUGUAAAUAUUUCUAUUGGGUCCACUCCGUCCGGAACUGGCUCAAACCCUCGGUGAAUGAGGGGAGGUGGAGGAGGCCCAGGGCUUUGCCUAGGGCCGAGGGCGCCCUGUAUACGUGAUCCAGUCCGUGAGUACCAGCCAACCUGAAUAAAGUGGUUUAAAACCAA